CUUUGUACUGUACUAGCCUCUAUUAGCCUCCUACUUGUGUUCAGUUCACAUCUUUUGUUCAUCAGGUGCAAUAAGUUACAGUAAGGAGUUACCAGGUCUGACAUUAUGGAUAUUGCCAUCCAACACCCUUGGUUCAGACGCACACUGGGCUACCCCACCCGACUCUUUGAUCAGUUCUUUGGAGAAGGCCUGUUCGAUUAUGACCUAUUCCCCUUCACCACUUCAACUGUCAGCCCUUACUAUCGACACUCACUCUUCCGCAACAUCCUGGACUCCUCCAACUCAGGUGUCUCUGAGGUGAGGUCUGACAGAGAAAAAUUUACAGUUUAUCUGGAUGUGAAACAUUUCUCUCCUGAUGAGCUCAGUGUCAAGGUGACAGAUGACUAUGUGGAGAUCCAGGGCAAGCAUGGAGAAAGACAGGAUGAUCAUGGCUACAUCUCCCGUGAGUUCCAUCGUCGCUACCGCCUGCCUUCCAAUGUGGACCAGUCUGCCAUCACCUGCACACUGUCUGCUGAUGGCCUGCUCACUCUUUGUGGACCCAAGACAAGUGGCAUAGAUGCUGGCCGUGGAGAUCGCACCAUCCCUGUUACCCGCGAGGACAAGAGCAACUCGGGCUCUUCCUCCUAGACAGGCUGAACCCACAGCCAGGUGGUGGUAUGGAGGUGUGAGUGGGGCUGAAUGGGGGGCCUAGGCUUUAAUUUCAGAGGGCAUCUAAAGGUGGAUUCAAGCAAAUCCUCUAUUUGUUUAUCACUAAGCAAGUCCCUCCUCCCACCUCCGGGUGUCAGUGUAUAUCUGGCCCUAUAUUCUUUCAUUUGACUACACUAGCUAAUAAUCUUCAUAAUCCACUAUGAUUGUUUUUUUUUUUCCUUAUAUGCUACUCACACAGGAAAUGGACCAGGCUGAUUGGAUGACAGUCACAAUAUCAUUUCGUAUAUGUAUAUAUAUAUAUAUAUAUAUAUAUAUAUAUAUAUAUAUAUAUAUAUAUAUAUAAGCAUCUGUCCCACUUUCCAGUCGGCAGUUAAGUGACAAGCAAUUCUGAAUUCUACAAGCUUCUGAUUUUGACCAACCUGGUGACAGAGUAAAAGUGAUCAUUAUUUAAAUGCAUAUUUCUUUUGCUGUAGAGAACACAUAGUUCUGAGAAGGGAUGUCAACAGGGGUUUAAGAGCUUAUUUAAAAAAAAAAAAAUUCUGUUUGACGACUUAAUCCAAAAGAGAUUUUAUAACUGGCACCAGUCAAACCUCCGCUUUCUCCCUAACCUGUGUCAAGACCUCUUUUGUCAUCGACUCUUUCUCGUCUUGUAGGGUUAGCCUUGUUCUACUGAUUACUGACUCCACAUGGGGCCAUAAAAAGUGAUCAAAGAUAAUAAAGAUGUAACCUUAACCUUUCA